AUGGGAAUCUUUGUCUUCUUCGAAAAAAAUUACUUUUGGAAAGAAGCAUGCUUGGUAUUUCUGACAUAUUCCACCAAGUUUAUUUUGAUUGCGAUUUUGUAUUACUUUAUCAUAUUUCCCUUCGUUCUUGGCAUCUCAACACUGUUGCUAGGGCCCUUGGGAGUCACUGUUGCUGUGAUUCAUUCCGUUUUACACGUGAAUUGCUACGCGAAUAAAACCACUAGAUUGGCUAGUGCACGUCAUGGGCUUCAAAUAUUCAAUAAGCUUAUGCAAAAUUCCGACGAUCGUCAUAGAAUGACGUUAGGACUGGUCAAUUGGAAUAUUAGGAAAGAUCAAUGGCGCGGCACUCAUUGGUCUCGAAGAUUACCGAGCAUGCUCUGCCGUUUUGUACGAGUCUGGGUUUCUAGCACUGCACAAUUUCUUUUGUCGCUGGUACCCAUCGUGGGCAUAAUACUAGUAUCGCAACUAAAUGUCGCUAACAGAGGAUAUGACUAUGCGGAAAUAUUUUUGGAAUUGCAGAUGCCCAAUGCCAUUCAGAACGGUAUGGCAUAUUACGAAGAAUUUGGGAAAAAUGCCAUUUUUGGUCAAGUAGCCGGUAUCUUGGAAUCUAUUCCGAUUUUGUCCGGACUUUUAAUCACCACCAAUUACGUGGCUCGCGCAUUAUGGUUUCAAGACGAUCUCAUCAGUGCUAUGAGCUCAAAUUAA